UAUUUCACUUGGUUAUUCAUCACUUGAUCCUUCAUUAGUUCCUCAGUACUUCAUUAGUUCCUUCAGUAGUUCACAAAGAUUUACAGAAUUAACAGAUAUAGUAACUAGAGGUCACAUUUUAUGGCAAUCGGUCGAUUAAUCAGUCCUCACGGCUGAUAUUGUGCUGGCUGCGCGUGGCUCACGGCGCACGUGUGCCACAAGCUCACUCCAUCAGUCAGUGCUGUAAUGUAGUUUAUCAGCACCAACAGUAGUGAACCUGCACCCCAGCCAGAUGUGAGAACCGUGGGAAGGCAGCUGUGUCCAUUUGACGUCGGUACUGUUGAGCCAUGUAGUGCUCAAAUUUGACCACAUUCAAAAUCGUUAAAACAGAAAUGUUGAUGGCAUGCUUGUAUCUUACAUAUAAAAAAGAAUAUAUUUUUUUAAUGAGAGAUGUCAUAAAAUACUAUUUCUAUUUGCUUUCAAACUAAGGAACAGUUGUACUAGUUAGUAAUUGAUUAACAAGUAAAAUAAAUGGUUAAGGUUUUGUAGUUAGUUCACCACGCAGAAACAUCGGCAGAAGUCGUAUCCAGUAAGGGAAGUGGGGAGUACUGGCCCCUGACUCAUCCCUUGCCCGGUUCACCCUAAAGCAUCGCUAGGUGAUUCAGUGGCCCAGUUAAUAUGUAACAGCAGGGGAAACGCGCAAUGCCGUCCACGCGCUAAAAGCCGAUCCGCUCGCGAACUGGCCGCAGUAUCCGUGAAGGCUUCAGGAGGACCGUCACCCCGAAGUGAACCACAGAGACAUAAAAUGCCCCGAGUUCUCGGCCUUCUCCUGAUGCUGGUGGCUGUGGUCCAGACAGCGGCAAACCGCGUCUAUGUCCACCCCUUCAAUCUCUUCGCCUACAACAACUUCACUUGUGAAAUUGCCCAGGCUCAAGCCCACAAACCCCCUGAGAUGUUAAAACCGUCCCUCAUGGACCCCCAGGGAUCCAUCGAGCCCGACGGCACGACCCCGCAGGAGGAGAGCGAAACGGAUCAGGCCAUCAAUCAAAAGGCGGCUGUACUUGGCGAGCUGCUGAACUCUCUGGGGCUGCGGCUCUAUGGAACCCUGAGGCAGGGGAAGGCGGCCAACACCCUGUUCAGCCCAGGCAAUGCAUUUGGGAUCCUCAGCACCUUCUAUCUGGGUGCCUCCAAUGUAACAGCUGACAGCCUCCAAAGGCUGCUGGGCCUGAGCGCUGACACCGAGAAGGUCUGCCUGCCGCUGUUUGAUGGCCACAAGGUCCUCCGGACACUCCGACACAUCAGCAGCCAGCUCAACGAGAGCGCCGGCGACGAGCUCAGGACCCACACGUGGACCUUCGUGGGCAGAGAGGGGGACCUGUCACGCGAGUUCGUGCGGGGCACGCAAGACUACUCAGACGCCUCCUUCGUACGUUCGGUAGACUUCGACCAGGCUGGGGGCGCUGAGACCCAGGUCAACUCCUUCAUCCAGAGGACGUCGGCCAGCAAGGUCGAGCAGCUGUUUGACGACAUCAGCCCAUCCACAAACCUCCUGUUUGCCAGCUCCAUCCAUUUCAAGGGGCGGUGGAGGACAGCGUUCCGGCCAGAGGCAACAUCCCUGCAAAACUUCUGGGUCGAUGACAAGACCAGUGUUCCUGUCCCUCUUAUGAGCCGUGUGGGAAACUUCAUGUAUGUGGACGACAAAGCCACAAAGAGCACAGUGGUCAAGAUGCCCUUGAAGAAAAAGGUCUACAUCCUGACAGCUCUUCCGCACAAGGGGACCAGCCUGGACCACGUGGAAGAUCAGCUCUCCACCAAGCUUCUCUCAAGCUGGCAGCAGCAAUUUAAGGAAGGGUUGCUCGAAGUGUCCCUGCCCAAGUUCUCACUGAACAGCACAAGUGACCUCAAGGGCAUCCUGUCUGACAUGAAGCUCUCAUACCUGCUGGAUGAAGGUGCUGACUUCAGUAGGCUCAGCACCAAGGAGGACUUCAGGCUGGACCAGGUGCUGAGCCACGUGGGCUUCCAGGUGUCCGAGGAAGGCGAGGAGGACCCUGUCGGUCCCGUGGUCGAUAUGGUGCCCCUGAAGUUCGUGGUCAACAGGCCCUUCUUCUUCGCAGUGGUGGAGGAGAACUCGAAUGCCAUCCUUCUGCUUGGGAGAAUAACCAACCCCAGCCUCUAAGGAUUUGGGAAAACCUUCUGUUCUGACUGCAACUAUGUCUACUGAAGGACUUCACUAAAAGUUAGCUGGGUUCCCACAUGCAUGAGAGCCAAUCUUUCUUUUGAAUUUGUGUGUAACGAGAUUAAAAGUGUGUUUCCCUGAGGCCUUGUGCAUUCAUCUAGGGCACUCUACGGAUUGUUUGCGACCGUUAGAAACGUCAGGUUUGAUUUCGGGCCAUUAAUUCCCUCGUGAACUGUAAGAGUGGAUCACCCUUCCAGUGCAGCAGCAGUUUCUGACCUGUUUUCCUCUUCUGAUCAUGGUAAGAAGUAAGCAAAGCAGAUAAUUAUUCAACCAAAUCACAAAAUCCUACCCAACCAGUGAUUUCAGUUGCAUUGCUUAUUCUGUAAGCAUCUGACAUAUCAGGACACACAGCUGGAGUGUAUCAAGCAGGGAAAUAGCAUUCUUCAAAAGUAUUAAAGGAGACAUAUUUGCUGAAUUAGUAUUUUUGUAUUGUGCAGUUUAUUUUUGAUGUCAAGAAUUAUGUUAUAAUAAAGUCGGAAUAAGAUGUAUUCCUAAGCAAAACAAAA